UCUGUUCAAAAUCACGUCAAAAAUUGACAGUACAUAGAAAAGUGUAAACCAUAAAGUUUUAACAAGAUCCAUUCUUCCUUUCUUGGGUUACUGCCCGUGGAGUAACCGAAGUACAGUUUUGCUUGUUUAAAAAUUAUAAAAUGGGGUUCGUGAAAGUUGUGAAGAAUAAGCAAUACUUUAAGCGGUAUCAAGUCAAAUUCAAGAGGCGUCGUGAGGGCAAAACUGACUAUUAUGCACGAAAACGACUUGUUGUACAGGAUAAGAAUAAAUACAACACGCCUAAAUAUCGUCUAAUCGUCCGUCUAUCAAACAAGGAUGUGACAUGCCAAGUGGCUUAUUCCCGCAUUGAAGGAGACCACAUUGUCUGUGCUGCCUACUCACAUGAAUUACCUCAUUAUGGUAUAAAAGUGGGUUUAACUAACUAUGCUGCUGCUUACUGCACUGGACUACUACUGGCUAGACGACUGCUCCAGAGGCUGGGCCUAGACUCUUUAUAUGCUGGAGCUACUGAAGUCACUGGUGACGAGUUCAAUGUUGAACCGGUUGAUGAUGGACCUGGUGCAUUUAGAUGUUAUUUGGAUGUUGGCUUAGCACGCACAACAACUGGUGCUAGAGUAUUUGGAGCUAUGAAAGGAGCAGUUGAUGGUGGUCUGAAUGUUCCACAUUCCAUCAAGAGAUUCCCAGGUUAUGAUGCUGAAGCAAAGAAAUUUAAUGCAGAAGUACACAGGGCUCACAUAUUUGGUCUUCAUGUAGCUGAAUACAUGAGAAAUCUUGAACAAGAAGAUGAAGACUCGUUUAAGAGACAGUUUGGCAAAUACAUCAAAUUGGGAGUUGCUGCUGAUGCUAUUGAAAGCUUGUACAAGAAGGCGCAUGAAACAAUACGUGCAGAUCCAUCUCACAAGAAGAAGGAAGCAAAGAAGGAUCCGGCAAAACAAAAACGCUGGAGCAAGCGCAAGCUGAAUCUGGCUGAGAGGAAGAACAGGAUCAAGCAAAAGAAAGAAUCGUUCAUUAAAAGAUUGCAAGCAGAAGCUUGAAAGGUUUCCAAUGAAAUAAAUCUUUAAUGGAG